AUGAGCUUCCAGUUCGAGUGGCCCGAAUUCUCAGAGGCGUUCUACGAGGACGCGAGGGAGAUGCUUGCGCAGGCGCUCAACAAAGGCCAGAAACCGCCCAUUAUCGCAGACCGGAUCGAAGUCAAGGAACUGAACAUGGGGACUAUCCCUCCAGAUCUCGAGAUCCUCGAGAUUGGGGACUUGUCGACCGACCGCUUCAGAGGGAUCUUUCGCCUCACCUACUCGGGCGACGCGUACAUCGUCCUGCAAACCAAAGUCCAAGCCAACCCACUCAACGUCCCGCGCCCCUCAGUCGACAUCCUCAAUGCCCCCCGAAUCCUCUUCGCCGCCGCGCCCCUCAUAGUCCCCAUGACCCUCCGCCUCUCCUCGCUCUCCCUGCGCGCCAUCGUCGUCCUCGUCGUCUCGCGCCAAAAAGGCAUCACACUCGUCUUCAAGAACGACCCGCUCGAAUCGGUCAACGUCUCGAGCUCGUUUGAUGGAGUCGAGAGUGUGGCGGGGUUCAUCCAGAGCGAGAUUGAGAAUCAGUUGAGGGAGGCGUUUAGGAGCGAUUUGCCUAGCGUCAUUCAUAGGUUGAGUCAGAAGUGGUUGAGUGGCGAAGUCAGGAGUGCGGGUAAAGCUGCCGAGGGGAUGGGACCCAAGGCGCGAGUGGGACUCGCGAAGGGCUUCGCGAAGGACGCCAAGAUCGAGACUCGUACGGCGUACGAGGCGGGCGCGGGAGAGGGAGUGGGGGCGAAGAAGGGACGCGGUUACUCGAGAAACAUCUCGGGCCCGAGCGAGGCGGGCGAGAGUGUCGAGCUUGAUUCGCAGGCUGAUUCGACGUGGUCUACUUGGGGAGGUGGGCGGAUGGGGUCGACCUACAGCGCAUCGAGCGCAUUCGGACGGUCCGCCUCCCUUCGACGCCUCAACACCGCUUCGACGUCCCCAUCCCCAGCAGUCCCGCACGACAUGCUCGAUUCCGUACCCGAGUCGAUCGAGAAUUACGACCCUACGUACGGACUCAGGCCCGACUCGAUCCCGCACCACGCUGGGUUCGCAGACUACGAAAGGUUGGUCGAGGCGAGGUCGUCGAGGCGGGGUUUGGGGGACGUCUUGAUGGUUGUGGAAGAGGACGACGAGGAUCCGUUCCUUGCGCACUCGAGUCAUCAGCGGAGACGAUCAGCGGACGAACUCGAUUUCGACGACGAGCUGGGCGACGUCUUUGACGAUCCAGGCGCGCGCAAUUCGUUCGGCCCGCUCGACUAUCGAGACGAGUUUGAGACGAUCCCCGCCGUCGGAGGAGGGACGAUUACCCGACCCCGGGUCUUCCACACGCAGUCGCAGAUGCGGGUGCGGACAGGCUCGACCGGCUCGCUCACGGCGCACGGGAGUCCGUCAACUGCGACAGCGCGGAGUGCGACGGGCGGGUCGACUGCUUCGACGGUCGGGUUGGGCAGGUCGACGUCGUUGAGUCGCUUGACGCCGCUUGCGGCGGGACUGGGCGCACCGUCCGUCUCGGGCGCGUCGAGCGCGAGGUUCCCUUUUCCUAGGGUUGCGCCACCGCCCGCUUACUCUGCCAGCCUUGGACCAGGGGGUUUCCUCCCGCGCAAUACGUCGCUGCCGAACCUCUCGCGGUACCCGUCGUCCGCCUCGACCGCCUUCCACCGCUCUUCCCUGUCGGGAACAUUCUCCUCCUCGUCGCACUACGACUACUGGCGCAACUCGAACGACUCGACGCCUCCUUCGUCACUGACUUCGCCGGCUCUCCCUCCGCACCCGCCUCCUCACGCCGACAAUCCUCCCUCACUCGCCUUCUCGCGCCCCUCCCCCGUCGACCUCCUCUCCCGCUCCCCCUCAUCGGUCCUAAACACCUCCUACGAAGACCCGGACGCUUCUCACCUGCCCAUCGUCCUCAACCCAAACGGAAACGAUUCCUGCGCGCAUCUCGCGACACUGACGAGUUCGAACCAGACGCUCAGUCCGUUCACGAGGGACCAUUCGCAUGUCAAGGCGCGGAGCGAGCCGUAUGUCGCGGGAAGGCUCGCGCCUACUGCGCCGCUUGCGGGACAGGGGCAAGGGAGGGUCGCGAUUGUGCCCAGUGGCAGUGCGGCGGGUACGGCGGGCAGCGGAUCGGCGCAGGGUCCGACUCAGUCUGUCAAGGCGGUGCGGAAGAGGUUGCACAGGAUCGGGUCGGCCAAGGUUGCGCCUGUCGCGGGCAGCGCGACUCCGUCUCUCGCUGCUCCGCCCACUCCGUCUCUCAUCAGCGCCUCCGCCGGUCCUCACCACCGCCGCACGCACUCCGGCUUCUCCGCCUUCCCGCCACCGUCUUCGCUCCUCGCUUCCUCCUCCCGUCGCUCAUCUUCCAUCCCGCGCUCCACGACCUCCUCAGCAGUCCCAGCUUCCCCGCUGCACUCGACUUUCGCAGCAGCAGGGUUCAAGAAAGCCCCGAGCGAGCUGAGCGAUUACUUUCCGGCUGCGACGGCAGGCGCGAGGGAGGCGUUGUCAAGGUUUGGCAGGUGA